AAAAUGGUGGCAGCAUCUGCAUACGAGGAGACUCGUCGCAAGAGAGUAGAGGAAAACAGAAAGAGAAUGGAAGCUCUCAAUCUCCCUCUCCUCUCUCGAGCUCUUCACAAAUGCCCUUCUCCCAAAUCUUCUCCGUUAAAAUCGAUCAAGAAAAGCAGGACCACCGAAAAAGAGUUAGUUGUAGUGAGAAGAUCUGGUCGUCUGGCGAAAUUGUGUUCCCCUGUUUACAAAGAAAUGCCUAUUGAUCGCAUUUCUAUACCUCGAAGAUGUGUUAGCAAUAGGCACAGAGAUCUUAGUAAUAGAGUAUAUGCCUCAGAUGAAGCCAGGAUGGAAGCAUUAGAACAAGCAGAAAAUUUAAUGUCGGGUUUAAAAUCUGAUAUCCCAAACUUCAUAAAAUCUAUGCUCCAAUCUCAUGUCAGUGGAGGGUUUUGGCUGGGCCUUCCAGUUCAUUUUUGCAAGAGCAAUCUUCCAAAAGGAGACGAAGUGAUGACUUUGAUUGAUGAAGAUGGGAACGAGUAUCCAACAAUAUAUUUGAAACGCAAAACAGGACUUAGUGGGGGAUGGAAAGGUUUUGCGGUUGCUCAUGACCUAGCUGAUGGGGACGCUUUAAUUUUCCAAUUAAUCAAGCGCACUACGUUCAAGGUGUACAUUAUUAGAGCGAAUGGUCCUUCAAAGGAUAAACAACUCGAGUGAAUUGCAUUUGGAGAUUGCAGCCAGUAAAUUAAUCUAGGAGCUCUAAUGUAGUGGAAGAAACGUCUUCGGGCUCAGUUUGUGUGAAAGACCAACUUGUGUUUGUAUGUAUCCUCUUUGAGGAGUGCAAGUUCAUGGAACUAUUCUACUUCUGUAAUCUAUAUAUGCAUAUAAUUGAAUUGAAUGACCCCAUGACGAACUUCUUGAAUCUGAUGCUACUAAUUGAUAAGUAAGUAAUUGACGAA